CUCUUCGCCACCGCAUUUGCUCCACUUUUUUUCUCAAGCGGACGCAGAGAGAGAGAGAGAGAGAGAGAGAGAGAUGGGAGAGAUAAGAGCGGUCUUACUUGACGAGUCCGUAUUGCUUAGCUCCGGCAAUGGGGAUCGCGACACGCCGCGGCUGCGAUCAUCGGUCCCAGCUCUUCUCCGGCGGCUCCGCCACUCCAUGAUCCGUACGGGGAUAUCAUACGGGCUUGAUCUACCAGGAAACAAGGUGGAUGUGCUGAGAAAGACGGCCAUGGAAUAUUCAAUUGAUUGUUUUCCUUUAGAGUCAUCUUCAACAGGUGUUUCUUUCGGUGAUACUCUCAAAGCAUGGGUUAAUGAUGGGAGAAUUCUGUGUGUUGCUUCAGGCAGAAAAGAAAAUGCUCUGCGUGAACUAUGUUGCAGUCUUCUGGUUGUUGUGCUUGAUGCUGAAGAAAUCGCUUCAUCUGAUUCUAGCUUGUUUCAUAUCCGCAACCUUGAAGAGUUGCCAUUGACUAUUUGCUGCCUGAACAAAGAGGCUAUAGGUAAUGAUGCUGCUGUAGUUGGUUACAUUAUGAAGCCAUCUCGGGUGGAAGACUUUGCCAAGAGGGGUGCUUUACCCAUGUAUCCUACUCCAAAUGGGUUGAUAUUUCUGCCCCUCAUGUUUGAGUUCCCUCUGUCCUCUCAAGUCAAACAUGCUGAUAUCAUUUUCCACAAAGCAACUGAUGAAAUCUUGUCCAUUCAACUGAAUGGCUGCUCCUCAAACUCCUCUGUUACAGUUACAUUCUCUACUGGCAUGGAGGAACUUAGACGGUAUAUGGAAAAUCAAAAUGCUUCUGUUGUAGUUGACCCUCUUGACCAUAUUUAUCCUGUCCUGGACCGGCUCAAGAUGCAACACAUUCUUCUUGGAUUGGAGGAUCUUACUGCGACAGGCCGAAAGAUAAGGGGGGCUUGCUUUCUCAAGGUCGACAGUUUCAGUGAUCCUGAUAUGAAUCACAAGUUAUCUACAUCUGGGCUGUCUCUUCCAUGCAUUGUGAAACCUCAGGUUGCCUGUGGUGUUGCUGAUGCUCACAGCAUGGCAAUCGUCUUUCGAAUUGAAGAUUUUAAAGAUUUGAAUGUUCCUCUUCCUGCUAUUAUUCAGGAAUAUGUAGACCACUCGUCCAGGAUUUUCAAGUUUUACGUCCUCGGCGAGAAAAUUUUCCACGCAGUCAAGAAGUCAACUCCUAAUUCAGACUGUUUGAGGAGAUCAGCUGAGGAAAAUGGUCUCAGACCUAUACUCUUUGAUAGCUUAAAGUCUUUGCCAACUGGUACCGCAAUCCAGAACUCCGCAAGCGAGAUUGACUUAGGAUUAGUUACAGAUGCCGCGAACUGGCUCAGACGAAAGCUUGAUCUUACGAUUUUCGGCUUCGACGUGGUUAUUCAGGAAGGAACAGGAGAUCACGUGAUCGUGGAUCUAAACUACUUGCCGUCAUUCAAAGAAGUUCCGGACAGCGUGGCUGUUCCUGCAUUCUGGAAAGCUAUCAGAAACAGGUUUGAAACAUGGAAGAUCACGACACUAGCUUCCGUUUCGUCCUCUGCCUGAAUAUUUCAUCAUCACCGGUUCUGUUUUUUUUUUCGUAUGAACCAUAAAUCGCUUCAAAUUGUUUUCAUGUUCUGAGUUCUUUGUUUAAAGUAACUCCCGAAGCGUUGAUGUUUCAGCUUUUUGCCUGAAAUGGGAAUGUACCUAAUGAUGGAAUUAUUUAAUUUUAAUUUUAAUUUUAUUAUUUU